CACCCCCUUAUGCAAAAUGUCUAUCGUAGUGUACCUGGACGAUAUCCUAAUAAACUCCAAGAUGAUGGACGAACACAUACGUCACCUACGGCAAGUGUUAGAAAUCGUUCGGAAGGAACAGAUCUACGCCAAACUCUCAAAAAGCGAGUUCGCGUUGAAUCAAGUUCCCUUCUUGGGACACGUCGCCAGCGCACGCAGAGUAUACGCGAACCCCAAAAAGAUCGAAGAAGUAAAGCAGUGGAAGUAGCCCGAGAACGUGAAGGAGCUUCAGCAGUUCCUCGGCUUUGCCAACUACUACAACCACUUCGUCCCCAACUAUGCCGAGAUAGUAGUACCGCUCACAGAGUUACUGAAAAAGGAGUGCCUUUUUGGUGGGGGGAGAUGCACACACAAGCUGUGGAGAAGCUGAAACAAGCCUUAACUUUGGCACCAGGCCUGAUCCUACCUGACCCAGAUAAGGACUACGUUCUCGAAGCUGACGCCAGUAAUGCAGUCGUGGGAGUAGUACUCAUGCAAGAUCGUGGCAAAGGGUUGCAACCUAUUGCAUACCUUAGCACGAAAUUGUAUGGAGCGCAGCCGAACUAUCCCAUACAUGGCAAAGAUGCUUUAGCCAUCAUCAUCGCCUUAAAAAAUUGGCGUUGCCACCUGGAAGGAGCGACAACAACGGUCUACACCGACCAUUGCAGCCUGAAGUUCGCAGCAAGACAUGAUGCAAUCAUGGUGGUUAUUGAAAAAUUCUCAAAAACGGGCCACUUCCUCGCCACGCACGCCAACACCACUAUUGCAGAAACAGCUCGCCUGUUCUUCCACCAAGUCGCUUACCUCCUUGGGAUCCCUAGGACUUUGAUUUCUGAUAGAGAUCUGAAGUUCACUAGCAAGUUCUGGAAGGAACUCAUGCGACUCCUUGGAACCCGUCUGGCGAUGUCAUCCACUUACCAUCCACAGACUGAUGGGCAGACAGAACGACCGAACCUGAUCGUGGAACAGUUGCUGAGGUUUGCCUGCAUGGACAAAACAAGAAAGUGGGACCAGCCAGUUACCUCUACUGGAAUUUUCUUACAACAACGCUACCCACUCUGCUACGGGACAAACACCAUUCUUCAUUUGCUAUGGAUGGCUUCCCCUCACUCCACAACAACAUCUUGUUCCUGCUCAAGAUGACAUUUUUCCGCCUACUCCUAUCAU